AUGGGGAUCAUUGCUGGGCUGAUUCUCCUUGGAGUGUUGGUCUCUGGAGCUGUGGCUGUCAUUGUGAUGAGGAAGAGUACAGAUGCCCUAGCCCCAACUCAGAGCCAUGCUGGUGAGUACCAGGUGGAGAGAGAAACCACCUCGGCAGGGAGGAUCAAGGGCUCCCGUCCGGGACCGCACCCAGAAAGCCAUGUCUCCACAUUCGUCCAACCAGACCUUCCCUCUCCUCGAGAUGGGCAGCCUCGGCCAAGCUCCCGUCUUCAGUCCGUGUCCGGAACCCAGGGCCCUGCACCCUUCCCAGCCGGUGCACCCGUUCCUCGGUCCAGCUGGGUUCAGGGUCAGCUCGGGCCACUGGUAGGCUCACACUCCCUGCGGUAUUUCACCACCUCUUUGUACAAUCCUGAGUUCCGUAAACCUCGGAUCAUUGUCGUGUGCUACGUAGACAACACGCAGAUCUUGAGCUUCGAUAGCAAAGCGGCGAGUCAGCGGGUGGAGCCGCGGGUUCAAUUUAUGGCAGAGGACGCAGAGCAUUUGGAGGAGCUGACUCGCAUCAGCAGGCGCAUCUUAAUAGCUGGCCAAGUCGACCUGUGGUCCCUGUUUGGCUACCAUAGCCAGAAAGGGUCUCAUACUAUCCAGUGGCUGAGUGGCUGCGACGUAGGGCCAGACCACCGCCUCCUCCGUGGGUAUAAGCAUGUCGCUUAUGAAGGCCAGGAUUACAUCUCUCUGACUGAGGACCUGCGCUCCUGGAUCGCGGUGGAUACUAAGGAGGCCCAAAUCACCAGGCGCAAGUGGGAGGCAGCUGGUACUGCAAUGUUAUGGAGGUCUUUCUUGGAGGGCACAUGCGUGGAGUGGCUUCUCAAAUAUUUGGAUGAAGGGAAGGAGGUGCUGCAGCGUGCAGGUACAUGGGGGUAG